AUGUCUGGGCGAGGGAAACAGGGAGGAAAGACUCGAGCCAAGGCUAAAACUCGGUCAUCUCGAGCAGGCUUACAGUUUCCAGUGGGUAGAGUUCACCGUCUUCUUCGCAAGGGUAAUUAUUCCGAGCGGGUCGGGGCGGGUGCGCCGGUGUACCUGGCGGCGGUACUAGAGUAUCUGACCGCCGAAAUCCUGGAGCUAGCGGGCAACGCAGCCCGAGACAACAAGAAAACGCGUAUCAUCCCGCGCCACCUGCAGCUGGCCAUCCGCAACGACGAGGAGCUAAACAAGCUUCUGGGCCGUGUGACCAUCGCUCAGGGCGGUGUCCUGCCUAAUAUUCAGGCCGUGCUGUUGCCCAAGAAAACCGAGAGCCACCAUAAAGCCAAGAGCAAGUAA